ACUGACAAAUUAUACAUUACAAAAUCCUUUUUGCUCUGUCUCUCGGUCGCUCUCUUGAACGAGAGUUCUAUAUUCAAGGGCUCAAACCUUCACUGUGUAAACCCAACCUCGUUGCUUUGACCAAGGCAUGGACACCGACGGAGCACGGGCGUGGGGUUUCAACGGGAACCCACAGUUAAACGCUUCCUCCAUUUCCGUUCGAGGUGUUCUCAACCAGCUGAUGGCAAACCGCAAUAAGGACGACAAUCGGCCGACCAUUCCUCUUGGCCGUGCUGAUCCCACAAUGUUUCCGAGUUACCAGACGUCCCCUUCAUUCGCUGACGCCAUUGCUGAUGCUGUUCGGUCCUUCAAAUUCAACUGCUACCCUCCCUCCUUCGGUGUAGCUCAGGCUAGGAGGGCUGUUGCAGAACAUCUUUCUAAAGAUCUUCCAUACCAUUUAGCACCGGAUGACGUGUAUCUCACAAUUGGUUGCACCCAAGCAAUAGAAAUCGUAUUAUCUGUCCUUGCACGUCCUGGUGCCAACAUUCUACUUCCUAGACCAGGUUACCCACAAUAUGAAGCUCGUGCGGGUUGUAGUAACCUUGAAGCUCGCCACUUCGAUCUUAUACCUGAAAGAGGUUGGGAGGUUGAUCUUGAUUCUGUUGUAGCUCUUGCGGAUGAGAACACAGUGGCUAUGGUUAUCAUCAAUCCUAGUAAUCCAUGUGGAAACAUCUUCACCUAUCAACAUUUGAAAAAGAUUGCAGAGACUGCUAGAAAACUUGGUAUUUUCGUUAUUUCAGAUGAAGUUUAUGCCCAUCUAGCUUUUGGGAAUAAUCCAUUUGUGCCGAUGGGAGUGUUUGGAUCAGUUGUACCAGUACUAACACUUGGGUCUUUAUCAAAGAGAUGGAUUGUUCCUGGAUGGAGAUUUGGUUGGAUAGUGACAACUGACCCUGGUGGCAUCUUUCAAAAACAAGGGUUAGUGCACAGCAUCCAGAGCUAUCUCGACAUCACCACAGAUCCCCCAACAUUCAUGCAGGGGGCACUUACCCAAAUCCUUGAGCAAACUGAAGAGGAUUUCUUUUCAAAAAUUCUAAACCUACUCAGAGAAGCUGCAGACCUUUUAUUUGAUCGAGUUAAAGAGAUCCCUUGCCUGACUUGUCCGCACAAACCAGAUGGGUCCAUGUCUGUAAUGGUGAAGCUAAAUCUAUCAGUACUUGAAGGCAUUAUCGAUGAUGUGGACUUCUGUAUGAAGUUGGCCAAGGAAGAAUCCGUCGUUGUUCUGCCAGGUGUUGCCGUUGGACUAAAGAAUUGGCUUCGGAUCUCUACUGCUGUUGAGUUUUCUUCGCUUGAUGAUGGACUUAGAAGGAUAAAAACCUUCUAUCACAGGCAUGCCAAGAAGGAAUAAAAUUCAUUUGUGCGCAGCAAUCAAAUUGAGGGAUGUUGAUCUGAAGCUUCGUGUUGGAUCUCGUAAUCCUUUUCUCAGUGGUACUCAAAACUAUUUUUGCCCAUUUUCCAAACUUUGUAAAACUGUAUGAACUACUUUUUAAAUAAAUGAAGUAUCUGCUGGAAAUGGGAUGAAGUAAAA